AUGAUGCAAAGAAAACGAGAUUGGGAUUCGUCGAUCCAUGAAUCGCUACCAUUGUACGUCCCUCUCAAACGGGUGAGUGCUGAUGCGACAAUUCGAUCGUUUGCCGCUAAUGUGACGAUUACACAAGUUUUUCAAAACCAUGAAGCUGUACCAAUCGAAGCCGUGUACUGUUUUCCUAUUGAAGAACAAGCAGCUGUGUACGCAUUUGUAGCUCGUAUUGGGGAUCGCGAGAUUGUCGCUGAAUUAAAAGAGAAGAAACAAGCACAGCGAGAGUACAACAAUGCUCUUCGAGAACAUCAUGGUGCUUACUUACUCGAGCAAGAUGAAGAGUCUCAAGAUAAUUUUAUUAUUAAUGUGGGAGCUCUACUGCCGAAUCAAGAAUGUCAUAUAACGAUGUCGUACGUCAGUGAACUAGAUCUUGUUCAAAAUGGAACGAAAAUUCGAUUUGUGGUUCCGACAACAAUCGCACCGCGUUACAAUCCAAACGUAGGUGGUAUUGGUUCACCGGCAGGCACCAAAACAGAAUAUGUUCAAUCAGCUCCAUAUACGAUUGAUUUCCAUUGCUGUGUGGAAAAAUUUGGCAUAUCACGUGUCAGUUCCAUAUCCCAUCCGAUUCAGGUUGAUGUCAGUCGCGAAGAUAUCUAUAUGAUUGAGUUUGCUCAAGACAAUACUCAUUUAGAUCGAGACAUUAUCAUAGAUUUUGAAUUAACCGAAAAUCGAUCGAAUACAAUUAUUGCCGUCGAGUCCGGUGCUCUUAUGGUAUCGUUCACACCUGCCGAACAAGAUUGUCGACGUAUUAUUAAUGAUGGUAACAUUACUAAUGAAUUUAUCUUUAUUGUUGACUGUAGUGGAUCUAUGGACAAUGAGAAUAAGAUCGGUCUAGCUCGUCAAGCCAUGUUACUCUUUCUCAAGAGUCUUCCUGUCGAUUGUCACUUCAAUAUUAUUCGAUUUGGUAAUGCCUAUAAAAGUUUGUUCAGUGAUAUAACGGCUAUCUACACCAAUGAGAAUGCACGCCAAGCUGAACAACUCAUUAAUACUAUGAGAGCAGAUUUAGGUGGCACCGAACUAGUAAGGUUCUUAACUUUAUCGAACGGUGCACAAAUAUUGAUGAACUUUUUAUGA